CCUGCCUUUUUCAGGAGGUGGGUCAAUUGCUCUUUUUGCUAAUGAGCCCUAAUUAAGCCAAGCUGGGUGGUGACUCAGUUUGACAUAACUCUCCUGGGCCAGGCUGAGCUCCCUCUAGCCCCUCUCUGGGGACCAUGUGGGGGGUGCUAGCCAAGCCCACCACAGUUUGUGAGAUGAGACCUUGGCUGGGACUGCAAAGCAAGGCAGAGGACAAAAGAGAGCCCCUGAAAAGCAAGAACAAUAAAGACCUGAACAAUGGAAAAGGAUCCAGGAAGAAGGUCCAGGGGAGCCAGGAAAAGGGACCUGUUCCCGAGAAGCCGGGAGCUGUCUGCCCCAGGACCUCAGCAGAGCCCCCUUGGCAGAGAGGCAGAAGAAACCAGGGGCCUUGCAGAGAGCUUGGGCAAGUGAGCCAAGCUGCCUGCACCACCACUGCCAUUGUUCCUGUCUCGGAGUUCCUUGUUGAGGAGCUGUCCCAAGCCAUGAUGCGGUUGGAGAUGGGCCUGGAGAGGGAAUAUGCCUAUGACAUCUUCAGCAGCCUGAUGAAGCAGCCGCAUUAUGCAUUCCGAGGGUUUGACCUGCUGCGGUCUGUGACAGCAGAGAUGCGCGCCUUGGUCGUUGACUGGCUGGUGCAGGUGCACGAAUACCUGGACCUGGCCGAUGAGACCCUCUACCUGGCUGUCUACCUCAUGAACGCCUACAUGAAAGCUGGCAAAGUGCCGGUCCGCAGCCUGCAGCUCCUGGGCAUCACCUGCCUCUUCCUGGCCUGCAAGGUGGAGGAGAGCGCUUUGCCUGAGCCCGCCCAGCUGUGCUCCAUGACGGAGGACUCUUUCAGCCCAACGGAGCUUCUGCGCAUGGAGCGCAAAAUCUUGCGCCGCCUCCAGUUUGAGCUGCACUACACCAAUCCCGUCCACCUGCUCCGCCUGCUGGCUGAAGUAGGUCAUUGCACCUUGGAGGUGGUGCACUUGGGCAUGUAUUUCCUGGAGCUGUCUCUGGUGGAAGGGGACUGCCUGCACUUUGAACCAGCCCAGCUGACUCUUGCUGCCUUAGGCCUCGCCCAGCGGGUGCUGCAGCAGACGGGCCUCAGGCACUUGGAUGCCCUCCUGGAUGGCUCCCCAAACCUCCCGUCGUACAGUGAGUCUGAACUGUCUGCUGUCUACCCCUACAUGGCCAAGGCUGCUCUACAAGGACCCACUUCCACCUUUCGUGCCACUUUCUUGAAAUACUCCAGGCCUCAGAAGCUGUGCACCAGCACCAGCCCUGCCAUUGCUGCCUCCACAUGCCUGAGCUGCUGUCUGGGGAGCCCCACCCCAUGAAAGGGGGGUUCCUGUGGGUCUGUCUCUGGGGCCCAUCACACCCCAUUGCAUGGUGGGUUGGGAGGACCUUUCACAGGUCUGCUUUAUGGAAGUCAUCCUUGGGGCCUGAGUCUGCGGGUGGGAGAGCCCAAGUGGCCAAGCAUAAUCCUGGGGAUCCAACCAGGCUGGGGGAGAAUGUGUAGAAUUACCUGUGUGUGUUUUGUGUCUCAUUUCUGCCGGCUUUGGCUUCCUGAGAACUUCCCCUUUGAAUCUGUCCUCUCCUGACCUUUUGCCUUUCUGUCCUCCCAUCUUAACAGAAUUGUGCUAGGUAGCCCAUGGGUGCUCCCCCCUCUGCAAUCCUGCCCCAUGAAUUACCAUAGGCUGUUUUUUUAAAAAAGAAUAGAUGACUGUAAGAAAAUGCGACUGCAGGUGUCUAAUAAAGUGUGUUUUUUCCUCUCCUGCUGUGGGCCUACUCCUUCUGCUUGGUGGACGUUGUUCCUCUUUCCUGUAAGGUCUGCGGGUUCCCUUGGCAAUGGAGCGGGAAACUGGGGGGCCCUUUGACAACGGCGAUGUAAGCCCUCACCCCAUUGCAUCAUGU